CUGGGUUCCUGUUUUUAUUAUGGUUGUCUCGCAUACUCGUAUUUAGCAAGAGUUAGAACCAGCCUACGAUACGACAAUAUUAGCGUGCUUUGAAAGCUUAAAUUUGCUCCCCAUAUACACCACAAACAGAGUAAUAUAAAUCCAAGGAAUCUUAUACGCAAUAGAAACUUUUCCAGGCCAACAUGAAGUAUUAUUGUGAUUAUUGUGACACUUAUUUAACACAUGACUCACCUUCAGUAAGAAAGACACACUGCAAUGGAAGAAAACACAAAGAAAAUGUACGAGUAUAUUAUCAAAAAUGGUUAGAAGAACAAGUACAGAAAUUAGUUGAUGAUACAACGGCUGCAUUCAAGGCAGGAAAGAUAGCCUCUAAUCCAUUCCAAGCAGGCACGCCUGGUCCAGGAGGGGUUAUGAUUCCUCCACCUUCAAAUAUGCAAGGAAAUAAACCUGGAGGUCCACCAGGACCAACACCCGCAGGUCCAGGAGGACCAGGGCCAAUGCCACAAAUGGGAGGCCCAAUGCCUGGUGGCCCUAUGCCAUUAAUGGGACCUCCACAUGGUGGACCUAUGCCACCAAUGAUGCAGUCAAUGAGACCUAUGGGCCCAGUGAUGGGUGGUCCACCAAUGGGAAUGAGACCCGGUCCAUUAUUAGCAGGGCCAAUGCCACCCAGACCUAUGAGAAAUUAGUUAAGGACUAAAAACAAUAAAAAUGGAUUUUGUUAACUCAGAUUUUAAGAAAUAUGAAUAAAUGGAGGAAUUCAUAUUCAACAAGUGUAAAAAGAAUGCUUAAUUUUGCAGAGCCCAGGGCAGAACUUUUAUGUAAAUUUUAUAUUACAUGCCUUAGAAAUGAAGAGGAACAAGAUGGUUCUUUUAUUUUAUGUGUGCUUCUUAAGAACGAACUCACUUCAAUAUAGGUGCCUCUUAAGAACGAACUCACUUCAAUAUAGGUUUCUAUUAAGAACGAACUCACUUCAAUAUAGGUGCCUCUUAAAAGCGAACUCACUUCAAUAUAGGUGCCUCUUAAGAGCGAACUCACUUCAAUAUAGGUUUCUAUUAAGAAUGAACUCACUUCAAUAUAGGUGCCUCUUAAGAGCAAACUCACUUCAAUAUAGGUUUAGGUAAUGAUUUUUUAUAUAAGUUGUCAUGAUUCAAAAUAAGUUAUAUUAUAUAUGUGAAGUAAACAUUUGUAUACUGUGUAAAUAGAAAUUUGUUUCAUCUUUCAUGGAAAAUUUCAACUUUACCAGUUUUUAUCUACAAACACAUAUACAUGUAUAUGCAUGUUUUAAAUUAAUAUGAUUUUUCAGAGAUAUUAAUAUAAAAAAGUUACUUGAGUCUUAAUAUUGUUAGAAGUUUUCAACUUUACCAGUUUUUAUCUACAAACACAUAUACAUGUAUAUGCAUGUUUUAAAUUAAUAUGAUUUUUCAGAGAUAUUAAUAUAAAAAAGUUACUUGAGUCUUAAUAUUGUUAGAAGUUUUCAUUUUCAGGGGGAAAUUCUCAAUAUUAUGUGGUUUAUGCACAGUUUUAUGAAAUUAAGAAUGAUCAGAAUUGUAUCACAAAAGAUAAAAAAAAAUCUCAUGUCAUUGUUGUUGAAUUACAUGUGGUCUUACAUUUACACCAUAUCACCUUUAAUCCAUAUUCAACAAAAGUUUUCAGUAGAGCAGUUAAAAUGCAUUCACAAAUUAUAUUUUGGGAAUAUAUACAUCUGUUCAAACUCAUAUUUGUAUACUUAUUUUUGUCAGUUCUACUUAUGUUUAUUUCUCUAGUAUUUAAAACGGAUGAUAAUUCAUCAGCGAAAGAGAAUAACUCAUUUUAGAAGAAAUAAUUUGUCCCAUAAACAAUAAUGUAAUAUGCUUUGAUAUGAAACUGUUCAUAUAAAAAAUUAAAAAAAAAUUAGAGAGAAAAAUUUUACUCACAGUUUUGUACAAAAGAGAAAGAAAAGUGUUUCUUUAAAUGUUCAUAGCAUAUUUUUAUCUUUUCAUUCAUUCAAUAAAAUAAUUUUAUCAGUGGU